CUUUGCAGCCGGCUCCCCCACCCCGCCCUGUUUCUCCCCCACUUGUGUAAGCUAUUUGUUGGGGGGUGGCCGAAAGGGAUGUCCUGUUUUCACCAGAGACACAGCGCGAAGGGAAAACUUAGACACUGGAAGGAACGAGAGUAAAGAGCCAGAUCCGACCGGCGGAUUAAGGGCUGGGAACAGACAAUUGAACUUCAGGAGCCCGAGGCGGUCCAGGCCGCCAGAGAUAGUCUGUUUUGAGUACAAGUAAGCUGCUUCUACGUGGGAGUGGCAGGAGAAGUGAGAGAACCCCAUGGAAGACACCCAGGACCUAAAUGAGCAAUCAGUAAAGAAAACGUGCCCAGAAUCCGAUGUUUCAGAACCCCAGAAUUCCAGGUCUAUGGAAAUGCAAGACCUAGCAAGUCCCCAUGCCUUGGUUGGAGGUAGUGACACAUCUGGGGGGUCCAAGCUGGAUAAAUCCAGUCUCAGCAGCACUUCAGUCACAACAAAUGGGACAGGAGUGUCUCUUCUUGCAGUCAAAACAGAGCCCUUGAACAGCAAUGAAACUACAACCUCGACUGGAGAUGGAGCGCUUGACACUUUUACUGGGUCAGUAAUAACAAGUAGCGGCUACAGUCCCAGAUCGACACAUCAGUAUUCCCCACAGCUGUAUCCUUCCAAGCCCUAUCCACACAUUCUUUCUACACCAGCAGCUCAAACAAUGUCCGCCUAUGCAGGCCAGACUCAGUAUUCGGGGAUGCAGCAGCCAGCCGUCUACACAGCCUACUCACAGACAGGACAGCCCUACAGCUUGCCUGCUUAUGAUCUUGGUGUGAUGUUGCCAGCCAUCAAAACAGAAAGUGGGCUUUCCCAAACUCAGUCUCCAUUACAGAGUGGCUGCCUCAGUUACAGCCCUGGGUUUUCUACCCCACAGCCAGGCCAGACACCUUACUCUUACCAGGUGCCAGGCUCCAGUUUUGCACCAUCAUCUACUAUUUAUGCGAAUAAUUCCGUUUCCAAUUCAACAAAUUUCACUGGCUCACAACAGGAUUACCCAUCCUACACAGCCUUUGGCCAAAACCAAUAUGCUCAGUAUUACCCAGCAUCCACCUAUGGGGCAUACAUGACAUCAAACAACACAGCUGAUGGCACAUCAUCGUCCACCUCAACUUACCAGCUGCAGGAAUCUCUCCCAGGACUAACUAGCCAACCAGGAGAGUUUGAUACAGUGCAGAGCCCCUCCACACCAAUCAAAGAUCUUGAUGACAGAACAUGUAGAAGUUCUGGGUCAAAGUCUCGAGGAAGAGGCCGGAAAAAUAAUCCCUCCCCACCUCCGGACAGUGACCUGGAGCGUGUGUUUGUCUGGGACUUGGAUGAAACCAUCAUUGUCUUCCACUCUCUCCUCACUGGCUCCUAUGCACAGAAGUACGGCAAGGAUCCCCCAAUGGCGGUGACCCUUGGGCUCCGAAUGGAGGAAAUGAUCUUUAAUCUUGCUGAUACACAUUUGUUUUUUAAUGACUUAGAGGAGUGUGAUCAAGUUCAUAUAGAUGAUGUUUCCUCAGAUGACAAUGGCCAGGACUUAAGUACCUACAGUUUUGCAACUGAUGGCUUCCAUGCAGCUGCAAGUAGUGCGAACCUUUGUUUGCCAACAGGUGUGAGAGGAGGAGUGGACUGGAUGAGGAAGUUGGCUUUUCGUUACAGAAGAGUAAAGGAAUUGUAUAACACCUACAAGAACAAUGUCGGAGGGCUCCUCGGCCCUGCCAAGAGGGAUGCGUGGCUGCAGUUAAGGGCAGAGAUUGAAGGCCUCACAGAUUCCUGGCUAACAAAUGCACUGAAGUCUUUAUCAAUUAUUAGUACUAGGAGUAACUGUGUCAAUGUCCUGGUAACGACGACCCAGCUGAUCCCCGCUCUUGCAAAGGUUCUGCUCUACAGCCUAGGAGGUGCUUUUCCCAUUGAGAACAUUUACAGCGCUACUAAAAUAGGCAAGGAAAGCUGUUUUGAGCGUAUAGUGUCCAGAUUUGGCACUAACAUAACUUAUGUUGUGAUUGGAGAUGGCCGAGAUGAGGAGCAUGCAGCUAAGCAGCACAACAUGCCCUUCUGGAGGAUAUCAAGCCACUCGGACCUCUUGGCUCUACAUCAAGCACUGGAAUUAGAGUACUUGUAACUGUAUUCUCUAGCUGGGGAUCCAUUUUUUUUAUAUUUCAAGUACACUGAAUUUUUAUGUGUGAUCCAAUGCCACUGGCUUCUUCUACACAUGUAAAUGGUCUUAAUGGAUGAAAUCAUAUGUGGAAUGAAAACUCCAGAGUGAAGACUUCAGGUUGCUGAAUGGAAUUAAACAUUAGUGCUACAGAAAGGAAACUCUAUGGUCUUAUUAUCUUUACAAUACUUUCAUGGUUUGAAAAAAAAUCUGUGGAGGUUGCUGACAUACACCAAAUGAGUCCUAACUGGAAUUAACAGCUUUAGUAAAGAACUCAAACCCUCCCGAGCCACAGCACCUGUUCUGCCUCUGACAAGGUGGUCGAAAACAUUCCUCAAAAUGGGAGCUCUUCUCAACCCUGAGGUUUGAAUCUGACUUUUAGCCUACCUAGCCCAGAAAAUCUGAAUGCACUCAGACUGUAUAAUGACAGUCCUAUCUAGACCUGUAAUUUGUGUAAAUUAUUGAUGGAAAUAAUUUACUGUGACUUUAUUAGCAGCUGACUCUGAAAGUGGAUGCAAUUUUUCUUUUAUUUGUUGGGGCGGGGAGAGGGCCAGGGAAAUGGGAAUAUAAUAUUGUCUCUUUUUUAAGUUUGGCAAAGAGAAUGUUCAUACUGAUGUGUUGUGCCUUAAAGACAAGACAGCGUUUGUGUGUUACAAUGUAACUUUGGUUAAAGUCUCUAUAGAUAAUGAAAGACAAAACAAACAAACAAAAAACAAAAACAACAAACAAAAACCUUUGUAAUAAUUCUUCACAUGACCAAAUUGAAAAUUCAAGCUAUCAGUUUCAUACUGAAUCAUCAACAAACUGAGGAUUUGUUAGAAUGGGAAACCAACAGUAAUAAUACAAGAAGGCUUGCAUUUUAUUUGGGUUUUGAAUGAUUCCUGUAAUCAGUAAGAGUCAACUAGCUGAACAUCCGCUCAUAAGCAAAAGGUUUGGGAAACAGUGGGUUCUUUAUUUAGAAAGCGAAAUACAUGUUGAAGUCUCAAGUAUCCUUUCUUACAGUUUCCUGGAAGAAAACUAAGAGCCAUAUUCACGUUAAUUUACCGAAGUUUAGCUUAAAAUUCUGAGUGUGUGUAAAUUACUUAGAGAAAGAUAUUAGGGUACAAAUCAUUAGCAAGUGUCAUUCAAGUAAUUUUUAGAAUGUGCUAUGGAUAUGGCUCAAAAUACACAUUGAGUAAAUACAACAAAGUACAUUUGUCUCCCAUGCCAUUGCAAUAGUGAGUACCAUACCAAAUAGAUAGGGAAGAAACACUGAGUCUGUGAAAAAUCUUUAUAGAAUAUCAUCAUAAAUUAAUUAUCAAACAAGCUAGAUCUUGAUGACAUCACCAGAUCUCAACAGUAAAAGGGAUUAGCUCUCCUUUGAACACAUCAAUUCAGGGUCUCCCCAUCUACAGCCAGGAAUACAUUGAUUUCCUCUUCUAUGGUUGCUGAACAAUGUCUGCAUUCAUUGCUGGGAGAGCCUGUCAUCAUUGUGUCUGCAUGUCUUUUUGUUUUGUUGGUGUGUAGCCCAUGUUAGUAACAUGAUACAGAUUCUCUCAUUGGCUAUGACAUGGUUUGCCUUGUAGAAAUUUAAGACUUCAAGAAGUAAAAUAUUCUAAUGGUGUAAGCACCUGAAGCUCUAUGUUCUGAACGGCAUCAGAUGGACUCUAGAGUCCCCCUGUUAGUCAGUGCCCCUCAUCUGAGGCUAGUUCAUGAUAAGUCAUCACCUGAGACUUCUGUAGCUUAAAUAAGACCAAUUCUUUGCUCAAACAUCACAAUGAAUACUCUAGAGAGGUAUAUUUCUUUAGAGAAUGAUAAGGCCCUGUGUAGUGUAGAAAGAUAAUGAGGUAAUUCUGCAUAAGAUAGGGACUUCUUAUAUGAUCCUUAUUUUUUAAAUGUUGUGGCUUUUGACUACCCUUUCCCAUAAUGCUACAGUGGCAAAUUAUGAUUGAAAUAUUUUAAUCCUAAUAAUAUUAAUAAUAAAUUUUACACUUCUGCUGGUCUUCAGCUUAAAAAUGGUUAAGAGGUUAAAGACUAUUUUUUUAUUACCAGUACUCAUAUGUGCACUUAACCUUAAAUAUUUAUUACUAUGACUAAGAUGAAGUUACUUUGGCACACAGCCAGUUUAUUUCAUUGAUAAACUUGUGGCCCUUCAUCAAAAGUUGUAAUUCUUUUUUGAAAUCUGAUUAACAAAGCUUCUAACACUGCUCCACUUGAGGGCCAGACAGACUCAACUAGGGAAAGACUCCAUGGGCUGGCUGCUGGCACCCUCCAUGAUAAUUCUCACACAUCUUCCCCACCCCCCCCCCCCUCUCCCCCAAAUAUCCAUCUAGGGGAGACAGCCAGUACAACAUGUACAAGUGGGGUUGAAGGAAAACAAAUUAUCUAUCUAGCACAGCAAUGGUGGCAGUCAGAAAGCCAUUGGCCCAACAUGGUCAUGUGACUUUGAGCAGGCUCAAACUACAAUUCUUCUCUUCCCACCUAAGGACAGAAAAAUGCUCUUUCUUUCUGGAAAAAAACAAAACCAAAAACAUAUCAAUCAACCAGCAAUAAAGAAAACCAGCCCCACAGGUAGUUCCUGCAUUCUGUUUUUAUGCCUUGUUGGAAAUGAGUUUGAAAACUGUCCUCCAACUCAGAUGGGGUUUGGACUAUUACAUAUUCAAGCUUGAUAUCAUAUUAGAAAAAAAUAACUGCCUUAUAUUGCACCUUAAAUAUAUCAAAACCCUAUCACUUGAGUAAUAAAAUAGUUGACCUGACUACAAUAUUAUAGCAUACAUAUAAGAUGAUAAAAACCCUGAAGAAAUGUGUCAAUCCAAUUCAGUCAGAGUUUAGAAAAUAAGAUUUUAAGAUUGUAUGGUCUGUGCACAAAAAUAGGUACUAACUGUCUGGUGAGCGAAGAUCGAAAUAGCUUCAACAGCAUGCCUUACUGUGAAGUUUUUUGUGAAGCCUACUUGCUUGUGACAAGCCUACAUUCUCAGUAAAUACAGCAUUUAGUAUUUCUUUUCAACACAAAUAUAAGCAUCAUGAGCCAAAGUUGCAUUUUGACUCCUAAUUAUGGUGGUGUUCUAGGGAUCUCACAGUCAAAGUCAAGGGUUUCUGUUAGGUAUUAGUAAAGUUAUAGAUUAUUGGGGCCUACAUAAUUUAAAGAAAUGUAAAUUAAUAUUAAAAGCUUGUAAAAAAAUAUGUACAUCUUUACUAUUUCUCAAUAAAUACCUUUGCAACUGU